AUGCAGAAGCGACUGCUCCCAAGAGUCAAGGCUGUCCCCUGCACCCUCGCUAAAGUCCUCACGGGAUUCAGAGGACUACCUAAUUUUCAGUAUUUGGAAGACUGUGUCAGGAUCAUCCCAGCUCACUCAUGGGUAGAAGAGGGCAGGAAGAAGGUUGGGGAGAGGACUGAUGCCAGCCAGCUGCCUCACGGGGAGGUGGAAACACGUGGCCAUGCCAUUAGCAUCCUGUUCUGGAUGAGUUUCAUCUGUGACACCUACAUAGUUCUUACUGGGAACAACAGGAUUAAAAGCGGCCCUGGUGCUGGUUCCUCUUCUGAUUAACCACACCGUACACAGAGGAACAGAAAGCCAAGCUGCACAGAAGAGGACCAAAGUCAGGUGCCAGAAGCAGGUGACGUCCAGAGCCUCAGUUCUUUGGCCAUGGCUAUUUUAACAGAGUAG